UUGAAUUCAGAGCCAUGCACGUUUGUGAGAAUAUUCUUGCACAUCUCUUCAUUAUGCCUUUUCAGAAUCAAUCGGGCUCGAUCAGAUCCAGCCAUACAUCAGAUGUCUAUGCACAUGAUGACUGGUAGUGGUGGCCCUAUGAUGUUCCCUCACCAAAUGCAGGCUGGCCCAAGUGGGUUGGGGCAAAUGAUGCCGGUAGGACCUCAGUGUUCAAUGCCCAACAAUAUGGUGCCUCAGCCAGGUAUGGUGACGCAAAACCAGCCCAUGGUUGGCGGACCACAACAGAGCAAUCCCCAGCAGGGUGUACAAGGGGUGAAUAUGCAGUCACCGCUGCAAUCACCACUACACUAUCCUAUGCAAGGUUAUGGGUAUCCGAAUGGAAGUCCCUAUGCAGUCGCCAAUGGGUUCACCAAUGGGUUCAAGCCUGAUACUUGA